GACGUUUCAUUUUUCCAGCCACCACAAACAGCAUCAACGGCUACAGACUGAUCAUCGUUCCUUCCCAUACCGCAAGAGGGAUAGAAAAAUGGCUUUCCAUGACGCAUCCGUCUCCGUCCUGAUGGACCGGAUGAGCGACAUCGAUAAGCAGCGGCGGGUACUCGUCAUGCGUCAGAAGGAGCUGGAGGCGGCGGUGGCGUUUGCGACGGCAGAGAAGAACGACCUCGCACGGGAGGCGAAGGCGAUGGAUGACGAGGAAGCCCAACUCAAAGGCGACCUCGAGGCACUCGCGGCGGAGGAGCAGCAGUUGGCGGUGCAGACGAUGGACGUCACCGACCACCUGCGCCGUACAGAGGAGGAGGAGACCGUCCACUCCACCGCGGCCACCGCCGAGCUGGCGGCGCUGGCGCAAGAGAAGGCCACGUGGCAGGAGAAGGUCGCCGAGUUGGAAACGCUGCGGCGCACCUGGGAGAACGACCCGGCGACGUCGUCCUGCAUCGCAGCCUUGCGGGACGAGAUGGCGUUGCUGACCACCCUCAAGACCGAAAUGGCAACGCUGGAACAGCAGAAGGCGGCAAUGGAGUCUACCAUUGCGGAGAUGCGCGCCGAGCAACAGGCACAGCUGGCCAGUGCUGGUGCGUUGCAGGACAGGUAUGCGGUGGGGGCAACGGCGGUGGAACUGUUGGCGCUACAACCUCACCGCGCCGAAGGUCCUUCUUCUGCAGAGGCGACCUCUUCCUCUGAUGAUACCGCUGCUGCUGCUGCUGCUACUGGCUGCGAGGGAAAGAGUGCGACCCCUGCGCGCAGUGUGGAGGAGGAGAUGAAGAAGGCGGAAUACGAGUGGGCCCAGGUGACCGCGCGGCACACAUGGGCGAUGUCAAGUCUGCAACGCGAGGUGGACGCUCUUCGUUCUCGAGCAGCGGAACUGGAAGACUUGUUACGCGACGUGGAGGCUACGCGGGAAGAGGUAUCGCGACGGGCUGCUCAACUGCAGCAGUGUCUGACAAGCGGACUCUGUGCUCGGUGUUCUUCGUGA